CUAGUUUGAAAGAAAUGAUACUAGUGUUAGGCCUUGGAUCGGCCCCAGAGAUCGGUUGUGCCGGUACUUUGAGAAGCCAAAGCCAUUAUCAGAUUUUGUGGCGUUGUCAGGCUUCACUUAGAGAUACAUCAGCCGCCCCAAAUGUCCAUAAUGAGACCCCACUCUCCCUUUCUUUCUUCAUAGCAUAGCACCCACACAUCUUCCACAAGUUCCCCAUUAUCUCAAUUUCUCACUCACUCAAACUACCCUUCUUCAUUCACUCUUCUUUAGUUCCUUUUCUCCAAUAUGGACAACACUACUGAGAGAGAGACCCACGACUUCAUGAACGUCCAUUCUUUCUCUCAGCUCCCCUUCCUCCGCCCCGCACCACCCUCCAAAGACAAAGCCAUUCGCCUCUUCGGCCAUGAAUUUAUCGACGCGCCCACCUCCAACACGUUUAUGAUCUCCAACAACAACGUUAGCCCUUCCCAACAUAAUAAUACCAACAAAGACGUCAACAACAACAACGUAGAAAACAACGGCGCCGAGAGCAGCCGCAGAUUCGAGUGCCAUUAUUGUUGCAGAAACUUCCCCACUUCCCAAGCCUUAGGCGGCCACCAAAACGCGCACAAACGAGAGCGCCAGCACGCGAAACGACACCUUCAAAGUACCCUGAUCUCCGAUGCAAACGCGUAUAGCUUCAUGAACUACAGGUUCGGUUCAACGGCGAUGUCUAAUUACUCUUACUCUUCUUCUUAUCCAACGUGGAAUAGUUCCAACUCUUCAAGCGCUAUGAUUGGAAGGUUCUACGGAAACUCCUAUUCUCAUCAGCAACUUCAACCUAUAAAUGGAAGCCCUUUGGGUUCGUGGCGAAUCCCCACCGCCGCCACAACUGCUCAUGCGCAAAGUAACCCUAUUUUCAACCGUGAAUGCUCGUUGCAUCCUUUGCCUUUGUUUUCAGGUGAGGAAAUGGUGAACGCGAGGAUGGGGUUCUCCGGUUCGCAGAACCGGUUUGGUAAUUAUGACCCCAAGUCCAGCGUAAACGACCAUCUGAGUUUGGAUCUUCAUCUGUAACAUCAUAUUUACACACAUAUACUCGUAUAUAUAUGAUUUGAGAAUUUUCAUCCUGUGUUAUUGUACUCGGAUCCUUAUUAUCAUGUAAUUCUAAGAUAAAGUUAUGAUGAUGAUUCUCAUAUCAAUCACUGUGUUAUAUAAUUUCUUCUUUAUCUCU